GGAACGCGACCUGAUUAUCAAGUGGCCAAAAAUUGGGACAAUGCCCGUAAAUCCUCGAUUAACCUCUAUCAACCAACAUUUAAUGGCAACUCUUUGGGUGUUGCAAAUAUCAGCGGUGGGACUGUUGUUGUUGGAUCAAAUGAAGAGGCAACAUCUUCGGGUAGAAAUCGUGCUUUUGAUAGCAUUUUAGAUUCAGAUUUAAUUUCCCCUACAGGGGUCAAUAGGAAAUUAUCGGAAAAACAGAUCGAUGAUUCAACGUCCGGAUCAGCCGGAUCAGGGUGCAAGAGAGCUUACGAAAAUGACAAAGAAGUUCAUGUGAAUAGUGAUGAUGACGACACUCUUGGUUCCUCCAAUUCCUCUGAUUCCUUCAAUUCCUCCGAUUCUUUCAAAUUCACUCAUUUAGAUAAUAACAAUAAGAAGGCAAAGUAUAAAUUCAGCUGGAUUGAGAUUGAAGUAAAAAGUAUCAAGGAAAUGCUGAAGGUGUUUCCGGGGUUUGAUUUAAUCAUAAAUAAAGCAGAUGGUAUAGGUAUAAAGGUUUCAAGUAACCAGGCAGUUGUAUUUAUUGAGAUAUCCGGUGCCCCUAAUAAACCGAAUGAAAAACACAUAAAAGGGGAUUCAGAGAAACUUUUAAAAGAAGCCACAUUUGGGUUGGUUUCUUUACUUAGGCAUUAUUUGGAUAAACCUGCAGAGAUUGCAAAGAACGUGCACGUUUAUAUGAUACAAUGCAUCGGUGAUAGAAUGACAUUAAGUAAAUUUUCGCUUAGUGGAAAAUAUCAUUACAAAACUUCACAAAUCAAAUCAGCCCGAAUUCCAUUUUCGCUUGUUGAAGUUGCAGAUUAUUUGGAAAUUUUUGAGCUGUUAUAUGCUUUAAUAGAUGGGCUUGAAAGUCAAACAAAAGAGCUACACAAAUUAAGGUUAUCCCCUAACGAUUGUAUACCCAAAGUUCGAGAUUGGCUUUGGGUUCCAGACAAAACUGCAACUUGGACAGGCGAUCAAUGA